GGUAAUGCACCAGUAAGUUAGCUGCCAACCGCCUUAAAAUCCAAAGAAGAAGAAGAAGAAGAAGAAAAAGAAGAAUGUUCUGACGUAAUAUCCGCAGCAUUUAGUGUUUCGCGGACGGACUGAAGCCUCAGUAAAGUUGUCAUUCCACCAGAUUCAGUCUUUCACAUUGAGCAGGCAGCCAUGGCCAAUCAAUCAGUCGAUAUCUUAUCAAAGGUUUUGGAGCAGUCAGCUAAGCUGGUGGAGGAGCAGGUGGAUGCACAGUUAAGUAAACUAAAUGAAAUGGAUGAGGAUGAUUUGGACAGGCUGAGAGAGAAGCGCUUAGAAGCCCUUAAAAAAGCUCAGAAACAGAAGCAGGACUGGUUGUCCAAAGGCCACGGCGAGUAUAGAGAAAUCUCUAGUGAGAAAGAUUUUUUUGGUGAAGUGAAGGAGAGCAAAAAUGUUGUCUGCCACUUCUACAGAAAUUCAACUUUCAGAUGUAAGAUCCUCGACAAACACUUGGCCGUCUUGGCGAAAAAGCAUGUUGAGACCAAAUUCAUCAAACUGAAUGCAGAAAAGGCACCGUUUCUGACAGAGAGGCUGCGCAUCAGAGUUAUACCUACACUGGCUCUGCUAAUAGAUGGAAAAUCUAAGGACUAUGUGGUUGGAUUUGCUGAUCUGGGCAACACAGAUGAGUUUUCCACAGAGGUACUUGAAUGGAGACUUGGAUGUGCAGAUGUUAUUAACUACAGUGGAAACCCGAUGGAGCCCCCAACAGUUAAAUCAGGAAAAAAGUUCACAAAAGUGGAGAAGAAAGCCAUCAGAGGACGAGGAUGUGAGUCAGAUUCUGAAGAUGACUGAAAGGUUCUAAUGGCUAUCUGGUUUUGUCUUUCGUAAUAGUCUUGUAGAAAGCCCUUUGUAAUUUUUCCCUUCUCAAUGGCAUCAACAACAUAUUAAUUUGCAUAAUUUAAAUCUCAAGAUCAAUGGAUUUAUCUGAUCGUGGAUCCUGCCUUGUUUAGCCUUAUUUGAUAAAUUAUGUGCCAUGUUUAAAUUUGGAAUACAAAGUGGUAACACACAUGCAUCAUGUUGUUAUUCAGGCAUUUGUAACUGUCCUAGUCUUAUGUUAGAAGAGAUUUAUAGAUACAUGUGGGACAAGAAUGAAUUUAUUCUGAGUUUAGCAUUUGAAUACAUUUUUUUUUUUAAUGAAAUGAUCUUGAAGCAGGAGUUGGAAUUACAAUGUAGACCUAAUGAAAAUCAUAAAAUGUA